CACAACAAUGACGACAAACGACGACGACGACCAACGUCGACAACGAGGUACACAUAUCGUCGUGUGUGUAGUGUGUAGUGUGCGUACUAACGACAGGAAGUGAAUUCUAUGGCGCAUCUUAUGCGUUUUCCUCGAAGGAAAAUGGCUACCAGCUGUCACUAUCAUAAAGUAGUUUAAGUUAUAAAAUUAAUCUAAAUAAAUCGAUAACCUACUCUAGUAAACUACAUUUAUAACUUAAUGCGGUGCAAUUAAAUUUUAAUAAUAAAUAUAUAAUUAACAAUAUAAAGAUUUCGAGUGGAUUGUCUGUUGUUAAAUAUUUUAUGUGCCAUGAAAAUUAUCUAUAACUCAACUGUUUACAGUUCCUAUUUCGUGUGAACUUAAUCAAGCUUCGUUGACUUAUAAUUAAUGACUUGAAAAAUAAUGUUAUCAAUUUAACGUAUAAAAUUAUUAAAUCAUUCAUUUUUUAUUUGUUUUCAAUAAUUACGAGUCAUUAUUCAGUGAAUUGUUACACAAAUCUUAAUUUAUCCUCGACUUUAUAUAUACAUUAAAAAAAGAAAUAGAUAUGGGUUCCAGUCAACAAUUUUCCCUUAGAUGGAAUAAUUAUCUAAAGCACAUCACUUGUGCUUUUGAUACAUUAAGAACUGAUGAAGAUUUAGUUGAUGUAACAUUAAGCUGCGAAGGCAAACGUAUUCGAGCACAUAAAAUGUUAUUAUCAGCAUGCAGUACAUAUUUUCGUGAUUUAUUCAAGGAGAACCCAUGCCAACAUCCAGUCAUAAUAUUCCGAAAUGUUAAAUUUGAUGAUCUAGCAGCUUUAGUUGAUUUUAUGUAUCAAGGAGAAGUCAACGUAGUACAAGAACAAUUAGCUAGUUUUCUUACAACAGCAGAAUUAUUAGCAGUACAAGGACUUACUGAUGGAACAGGAAAGGACAAUGAUAGUGUAACAGAGGAGGAUGUAGAAUUGCCCAAUGAACCAGAAGUACAACUUCAAAAUGCUGCAGGUAAGCUCAUGGUAAAUAACAAAGGAAGUAAAUCACCAUCAUCACCAAUGCCAUUUCAUUCAAUUGAAUUACAACCCGAUAUACCACCAACAAAACGCCGAAAAUAUCGUGACAGUGGAUUAUCAAAUGCCGAAAAAUCUAGUAGUAUUGGGUCAAAAAAAGAUUUAAACGAUAAAUUAGUUGAAAGUCAAGUAAAUGCAUCAGGAUCAAACCCCGUGGAAAUAAUACCUCUAAUGCCAAAUUUAAAAUUGGAAAUGCCAGAGUAUUUAGAGCAGGAUGGCAGUAGUUGUAGUUAUGAAGAACAAAGUACUGGAGAUGGUUCGACAAUUAAAAUAGGCGAUGAUGUUUUGUCUAAUACUGCAGAUGAAGAGCAUAAACCUGAUAUAAGUCAAACAUUUUAUUCAAGUCAAUCAACCGAUAUUUCUGAUGCUAAACAUUCAACAGCAGAAAUUGGACACUUACUUUCAAAACCUAGUACAUCAAGCGAGCGAAUAACUCAGGAAGCAGCUCAAGGGGGGGUGGGACGAAAACGGAAGCAUGUUGGCGAUACAACUGGUCAAGUGGUGAUGCAGGGUCCAGGGCGUUUUUCUUGCAGUCUCUGUGGAAGUGUUUACAAGCACCUAGCUUCGCUGACCCAGCACCUCGAAGUGCAUCGCAACCAGACAACCUGCAUCCUAUGUCACACCACUCUCAGUCGUAGAACCGACCUGCGUCGUCAUAUGAGAUUAAAACAUAAUAUGCAAUGGCAAAAGACGAUCCAGAGGCAUCGAAGUCCUAGAAAAGGAGUUAAUUCUUAAAUUUAUAUUUUAUAUCAUCAUUUGUCUUUUUUUCUUUUUAAAUUCGCCAAUAUAUUUAUUUUUGGUCGAAAUUUAAACAUAUAUUUAUGAAAUCAAUUAUAUCACAUAACUCAUAUUUAUAAAAUAUUAUAAGUAUUUACGCGAAAAUACAAUAUUAUUAAAUAGAUGAUUAAUUAAAUGUAUGCUUAUUAAGGUGCUUCGUUGGAAGCCAGCUCCAAUAUUUUUUUUUCGUUCUUCAUCGAAAAUCUUUUUCUACAUGUAAAAAUAAAAAUUCAGUACAACUUUGAGCUCUUAGCAUUAAUUUUUAAAACUAGAACAACGUUGUUGAAGUUUUUCCAUGCUAAAAGCAUGUUAAUCUCGAUUUUUUGUUUUUUGUUGAAUAAAACUAAACCCCAUACUAACGUAUCUUAUUGAUUUAAAGUUUUAUUUGAAAAGAAUUGUAUACUCUCUGAAAAAGCCUGCAUGGGCUUAGCGGUACUUUCAUCUACAGUCCGUGUGGAAGCCUUGAAAAUCUAAUUUUCUGAUAAUUUCACAAUUUUUUUGUAGGAAACUAAAUUUGCUAGUAAAAACGUUCUACACUUUCUUUCUUAAAAGUUAACCGUUUACAAGUUGACAAAAAAAACCACCAAUUUCAUAGGAAAUUAGACUUUCAAGACUUCCAUGCGGACUGUAGUUAAAAGUAUCGCUAAGUACAUGCAGGCUUUUCAAAGAGCAUACAAUUCGCUUUAAAUAAAACUUUGACCCAAUAUGAUACGUUAAUAUGGGGCUGAGUUUUAUUGAAUAAAAAGAAAAAAAAUCGAAAUUUAUAUGCCUUUAGCAUGUACAUAUGAAUAUUAAUAUAAUAAAAUUAAAGAACAAUAAGUAACUCUGAAAUUUUACAACUUUUAAUCUCAUAGUCCGUCCAUAAACCUCAAUAAUACAAUAGUCUGUGUGGCUUAACAAGAUAAAUAAAUAAUGAAAAAAUAAUCAUCAAUCCGGAUUUUAUUCUAGUUCACAAUUACAUCAUCUGUUUUAAAUAUUACGUUAUUUUUUAUAAAAAUUUUAUUAUAAAUCGACUAUCAUUAAUUAUUUUAUUUCUUCUUCAUCAUUGAUUAAAAUAAUCUCAUAUGUGAAGGGAAUGCACAAAUGUAAUUAAAUUAUAAGAGCAGUUAUUAUAAAAUUUUAUAAUUUUUUUUGUUUUUAACUACAUGGAGAUAAUUAAACACAGUGGUCACAAAAAUUGAAGGUUAUUAAAAAAUUCUUAAAUGUUUUGAUAAUUUAUCAAAAUUCCGUAACAGCGUAAAAUUUUCGUAGCUUUAUACAAAUAAUUUUUUGAUGAGUUUUUGUUGUUAAAACCAAAAAUGCAAUUUUUGAUUUUGCAUUUUGAAAAAUUUUUUUUUUACCUCUGAUUUUUUAUCAUCACUCAAAACCUAUCAAAGACAAAAAUAUUUAAACUCAGAAUUUGAAAACUAGAAAUUCCAAUCAAGCUUUCUUUUUCUGCUACAUUACAGCAUUUUGAAAAUCAUCUAAAAUUUUAGGAUUUUUUUUUUCUACAUCCUUUAAUUUUUGUGACCGCUGUUUUAAAUUUUACUUAACAAUUUUGAGUACACUGGGGCCAGGACUAAUAAUUAUUCUUGUUUUUUUAUAUUAUUCGAUUAUGGUGUAAAAAAUAGACUAUUUUGAGUAAUUUUUGAACAAUAAAUCAAAGGUUGUGUUUUCAUUCUUUUCGUAUUUCUUUUAUUUUUGGCUCAGGUUUUACUCUAAAUUGAAGGGUAAGUGUUUUUUAAAAAUUUUCUCCGUGUGUAAGUUAUCUAAUAAUGCUAAAAUAAGCACAAAAUAAUGAAUCGAAGAAAUACAGGAUAACUCCAAAACAUACAAAUAAGAUAUAAAGCUAAUAUUAAAAAGUAUAAUACAAAUAUAGAUAAUUAUAUCGAUAACUUUUCAAAUAAUAAGGGCAUUUGACACAUUUAUAUUGCAACUGAAUCGUUUCUCUAUUAUAAAUUAUCAACUAUACUGUAAAUUAUAAUUAUAAUU